UAUAAAUACUCAUUUUCUAUUUCCGUUUCCGUUUCAUAUUCAUUUUCCGUUUCUGUGCAAUAUUAUUUAGAUAAGAAGAAAUUAUAUGGACUGUCUUCACAGAGGGUCCCAACCAAAGGCAGAGGGUCCCACCCAAAGGCCUAUUGCAUGCCAUACUCCCCCAACCCUCCUAAACUUUACCGUACUAGAAAAGAUGAGAAAUAUCACCACUUAAAUCAACCCCAAUAUCAGUAACAUAAGUGUCCACCUACUCAUUUGUCCAUAAAUGAUGCACACCAAUCUUUUUUCCGAUUUCAGCAUAAGCUGACACAAGCUCACUGCAGAUUAAGCAGCUGAAAAUUACAUGGUGAAUCAUCUGGUUUGAAGAAAAAUUAGCAUUUGGCCUUGUUUUCAUUGUUGUUUUUUGUUUUUGCUUUCUUUUUUCCCAUGAACAAUCACUGACACAUUUCUGAUUUCUUUUCAUUCCUCUUCUCACACAUUCCGACCCAUUUCCCUCUUCUACUACAUAAUACUACAAAUUUUGAUAAAGUGAUUAGUGUUGAUAAAUUUCUUCCAGUUUUUCUUCUUUUGUUGUUGUUUUCUGGGUUGUUUGUCAGAGUUUGUGAUAAUGGAGGAAUCAUCUGAAGAAAAGAUGAGCACAAACACAACAUUGCUCUCACAUACUCAUGAAACCCAGUUUAUUCACUCCAAUUCUCAUUCAGAGACUUUAGUUGAAAGUCUGUCAAUAGAGAGCCACAACACGACAUGCUCGCGAGAUGGAUAUGUUGCAAGCUUGUGUAAGGACAUAGAAGAAAACAAUUCAAGAAUAGAGGUAGUAGGACAAAAGUAUGAUCAGACUUGUGCUUAUCUAACCAAACUUAUAUCCAGCCUUGUUCAAGAGGUUGAACACCAAAAGGAAAGGAUAAAUGAAUUGGAGCAGGAGUGCAAGAAGAAAGAUGCAACUUGUAAAUCAACUUCAAGAAUACUUGUUAGCCUGUUGAAGGAAGUAGAUUGCAAACAUGAGCAAAUAGCUGAUCUGAAGCACACUUGUAGUGAGAUGUACAGUGAUAUUAGAAAGCUCAUGGAGGAGAGAGAUGCAUGGCACAAAUUAUACAUCCAAGGAGAAAGAAAGAUGCAGGACAUAGGUUUUAGAAACAAAAUGCUUCGAUCUAAACUGAAAUCUGUUCAGAAAGAACUUAUUGGACAAUUGGUGCAAAGCGUGGAAGGACCUCAAAGUGAUGAGGGGCAGAGUUGUUCAAUGCAAGUAGCAGAUUGUACAAAUAUUGAUAUCGACGCUCUGAGGAAAGAACUGGAGGAAAAAACAGAUGAAGUUUUGUACUUGCAAAACCUCAACCAAACCCUGAUACUCAAGGAGCGCGCAAGCAACAAUGAGCUGCUAGAUGCUCAGCAAGAAUUGCUAAGUGGUCUAGAUACAAUUUUGAGUAACCGAACAAUGCUUGGGAUAAAAAGAAUGGGAGAACUUGACACUAAACCUUUCCUUGAUGCAUGUUCUAAGAAGUUUCCAAAAGAAGAACGAGGGAUCAAGUGUGCUGAAGUAUGUUCGCUUUGGGAAGAUCAUCUAAAGAAUUCAAACUGGCAUCCUUUCAAGCUCAGUAGCAUAGAUGGUAACCUGCAGGCAAUUAUUGAUGAGAGUGAUGAGAAGCUGGAAGAGUUGAGAAAAGAAUGGGGUGAGAACGCAUACAAAGCAGUGACAAGUGCUUUGUUAGAGCUGAAUGAGUACAAUCCGAGUGGGAGAUAUCCAGUGCCUAAAAUUUGGAACAUCAAAGAGGAAAGGAAAGUUAGCCUGAAAGAGGUUAUUGGAUACAUAAUCCAGCAGCUUAAAACUCACAAACGAAAACGACGAUAACUCGUAGACUUCAAGCCAGAGCCACGAGUGUUGUUAACUUGUUCCGGCUUUGUUAAUACACUCUAGAAAGACAUGUAAGGUUUACUCUUCUUUAAACAGACAUGGCUUUAGCUUUAGCAGUUGAUAUUACUAAGCUGCUUUACUGCUAUAUGGAUCAAAGUAGGAAGGAAGAAAAACUUAGGAGUAACUCUCUUAUGUUAAUGAAAGUAGUGUUCGUGACUUAUUGUGAACAGAGAUUGUAGCUAGCUAUGUGUAAUGUGUAUAUAUUUUUGGCAUUUAAAUUUGUAAACUUUAUGCUCCUUCACUAUCAUCUUGCACAGAUUUCUCUUUA